AUGCUUUUCGUUUUUAUCAUGUUCAGCACUGUGGUUCUCUGCCUGUCUGUCUUCGAGUUAUCAUCAAUCAAGGAUACUACCUUAUUUAAAGUAUCUAACCUUUUGGAACUCACUUUGAAUACAGUAUUUUUAAUAUUCCUAUACUGUUUAUAUUUCAAUAACACCGUGGACGAGGUGAGAAAA